CAGCUGCUGAAUGUUUACAAGUAUAAUUUCGUUGAUUUUGAUUUGAUUUAUAUGUACUUUAAUUUAAAUUGCUGACCAAUAAUUAUGUUAAUAGUCUAAACGUAAUAGUUGGUCUGAAUGUAAAAGCGUUUUGGUGUACCAAAAUGACUCUAAACUACGUCCCUCGUGUCACACAGCUAGAUGCUGGUCAAUUAGACAAACAAGUAGAAGAAUUGUUGAGGCAGUCAUUAUUUCAAGCUGUUAAGUAUUUUGAGCCUGGUAUUCUUCAACCAGUACUACCAGAGAUAGAUCUUCUAAUACGAACAUGGAUUUUCAAAUAUUCAGUGUACAACACAAAAUCAACUUAUGGUCAGAAAAUGUUGUCUCUUGAAUAUAAGAAGGAUAACUUUUCCCAAAACAAACUUUAUUGGUAUUACGGGUAUACAGUGGGUCUAAGAUAUCUGAAAGAUAGAUGUUUGUACAGUUUGACCUCAAAUACUGGUGUGCAAAAUAUGCUUCACAAGCUAGAAACAUUCCAAUUGAUAGGUGAUAUUAUCAACUUUUUGAGGUUCAUCCAAAGUGGGAAGAACCCUUUACUGAUAGACUCUAUACUGGGACUGGAGUUGACAGCUGAUAAAUUGACUAGAGAGGAUCUUACUGAUUUUUCUUGGACCCGAGAACUGCUAUGGCAUAAUUUUAUUGAACUAAUAGGGACUGCCAUAUCAUUGAUGAAUAUAUUUGGUUUGAAAAAGAAGCUUUCUUAUGUGUUAAAGUAUGCAUGGUGGAGGAACCACAAGAGUGCCGCAGGCUCUUUAAAGCCGGCAGUAAUGACGUUAAACUCUACAUGCCCCUGCUGCAUGAGUAAACCAGUGCUGCCACACACAAUGGGCUGUUCACACAUUUUCUGUUACUAUUGUUUGACGGCCAACAAAACUGCUGACCAAGACUUUACCUGCCCAGAAUGUUAUUAUAAUGGAAAAGAAAUAAACAGACUAGUUAUGGAUUAGUAAAGUAAAUAAUGCCAAAUGAAAUAUUUUUAAGUUGGGUUAACAGGGUGCUGUGAUAUAUUAAUUAAGUUUACCAGUUGUAAGUGGAAUUUAAUUUUACAGAUUUCAUAAUUUAAUUUGUUAUACUUAAUUUAUGGUUGUUAAUCUUUAUACUUUAAAUAGAUUUUGUGAAGGGAA